AACUUACAAAAACCAAGAAAGAAGCUAAACUGGACUAACUAGUGUGAAAGAAACGUUACAAAGUCUGAGACCAAGAUCCGAGGCUCCCACUCCAUCAUCAACCGAUCAAUGGAGCAGACGCCGCCGCAGAUAGCCAUUAUUGGCGCCGGCAUCUUUGUCCGCAAUACUUACAUUCCCAGAUUAGCUGAAAUCUCCAACUUGUUAGUUCUAAGAGCCAUUUGGAGCCGCUCUGAGGAAUCAGCCAGAGGUGCUGUUGAGACUGCUAAAAAGUUUUUCCCAAAUGUGGAAUGUAAGUGGGGAGAGGCAGGACUCGAGGAGAUCAUUCAAGAUGCUUCCAUCAUUGGUGUGGCUGUGGUCCUUGCAGGGCAGGCUCAGGUGGAUAUGUCACUGAGGUUGCUGAAGAGUGGAAAACAUGUCCUGCAAGAGAAACCUGCUGCAGCGUCUGGUACUGAGCUGAAUGCAGCGAUAUCAAGCUACAGUUCUUUACAACCCGCUCCAAUUUGGGCAGUUGCUGAAAACUAUCGUUUUGAACCUGCCUUUGUGGAGGGCAAAAAACUGAUGGCUGAAAUUGGAGACGUUAUUAAUAUCCAUGUCAUUAUUGAAGGAUCAAUGAAUAGCUCAAAUCCAUACUUUUCAAGUUCUUGGAGACGCGACUUUGUUGGGGGUUUCAUUCUAGAUAUGGGUGUGCAUUUCAUUUCUGGGUUAAGAAUGCUGGUUGGGUGUGAAAUAACUUCGGUUUCAGCUAUUACCUCUCAUGUUGAUACAACUUUGCCUGCCCCUGAUCAUAUCUCCUCAACAAUUCAACUGGAGGAUGGGAGUUCUGGAGUUUUUGUGAUGGUUGUAUCAUCUAGAUCUCCAAAGGUGCUGUGGCGAAUUGUGGGCUUGAAGGGGACGUUACAAGUUGAGCGAGGAUCCAAGGAUGGGAAGCAUGGAUACACAGUUGUUCUUUUUACGGCUGAUGGCCAAAACAAAAGCUGGUUUUACCCAUUCAGCGGCGUGACUGAGGAGCUUAAAACUUUCUUGUCAGAUAUUUCACAGGCGAACCUAAAGAAGGACGGCAGCCACCAGGUCGAGCCUCGCAUUUCUUUCCUUGAAGGCGCCCGAGACGUUGCUGUUUUGGAUGCAAUGCUUGAAUCUGGGAAGAGGCAAGGCGUGGCUGUCCAAGUAAAAAAGUUUUAGCUUCCGUUUUUAGCAAGAGACAUGUGCAAUUCAUGAGGUAUUCCAGAAUUAACUGGCUUUUGUUUCCGAUAGUAGAACUAUUAAAACAACUUCAUUCACAUUUAAAUUUUACUUCUUUUCUCACUUUAACCUGAUCAAGCAGCAUCUCCAUGAUACAUUGAAUAUAUGCAAUUUGAAAAACCCUGUAUCAGGAUGUCUGUAUCUUUACUUGCAAGGGAGAAGGCAACGUUUGAGCUUAUGUCUCUCAUUUUCAUAUAGUGUGGGAUGACAGUACCCUCAUAAUUACAUUCUUAGUCACUUUACUA